ACACACACACACACACACGCACACACACACACACACACGCACGCACGCACGCACGCACACACACGUACGCACGCACAAACACGCACAGCACAAAGUCACGCCUACCGAACACAAUACACACACACGCACGCGCGCACGGGGAGCACGGAGCACGGGAUUGGUGGGGUGCACGGUGUAGCUGGAGCGGUGUUGUCUGGUGUUGUCUGGUGUUUACGUGUUGAUGUGUUUGAUGCGCGGUGUAACGGGGGAAACCGGAGCGGCGGCUCCAUGAGGAAGCUCGGAUAAGAAGAGGAAGAGGACGGGUAACGGACUGAUCUGCGCGUGCAGUGUUUGUUCCGGACUCAGCCAUGGGCUCGAGACUGAGCCGCCAGAGCAGCCUGGACGGUGGUGGAGGAGGCUCGCGCAGGAGAGUGGGGGGAGGAGGAGGGCGGCGGAAACGCGCGGACAGCGACGGGGAGCGCGAGCCCAGCGCCCCGUUCCCGGCCGCCGUGAUGCUGCUGAGGACCGACAGGAUGCGCGCGAGCGCUCAGAGCCCCUACGUGAGACGGGUCGCGUGGAUCCGCGACAUCCAACAGCUGCUGCGCGAGAGGAAGGUGGAGGAGGCCGCGAGCGUGCUGAGACAGCUGAGGAAGGAUCUGGGAUUAGAGGGGACGUCCCUGAAUGACAUUUUGUACAAAAACGCCGCGUUCCUCAACCUGGUGGAUCCGAUUUCACACGAGCUGCUGCUGAGUCUCGCUCGAGACAUGCAGUGUCCCAAAACGGACUCGGACAUGCUGAAGUCGUCAGAUAAAAUCUGCAGGCAGCUCAUCUAUCACCUGACACCGCACUCGAAGUGGCUGAGGCAGAGCAUGAGCCGGAGGAAAGCGCAGGCCUGGCUGAAAACAACUCUUCAGAAGAAGCUCUGUAGCGACUCUGUGGAUCUUUCCGGAAUCCCCCUGUCCACACGGGACAUUCGACACGUGACGUAUUACCUCCAGACCAGCGGGGGCGCCAUUCUAUCCGUGGAUUUGAGCUUUACUGAGCUACGGGAUGAAGGUUUACGAAUCCUGUUGCCUGUUUUGAGCGUUUUGCCCAAACUCACCACAUUGGCGCUGAACGGAAACCGUCUGACUUUGUCCAUCAUGAAGGACCUGACCGAGGCUGUGAAAAAUCCACAGAGUUUCUUGUGUCUGGCCUGGAUCGAUCUCGGGAACAAUGUGGACAUAUUCACCAUGCCUCAGCCCCUCCUGGUGGCGCUGAGGCGGCGCUGUAGCUUAAAGAGCAGUUUGCCCACCAUAUACGAGUACACAGAGGGGCAGCCAUAUUGCUACCGUAUGGAGAGCUCCAUUGAGGAAGCGAGCCUUUAUGAGGAAGACGAAGAAGAGUACGAAGAUGAAGAUGAGAUGGAAGACAAGUUAGAUGUGGAGCAGUGGAGCAUUGUAGAGCAGAAGAGUUCCGGAAGUUUCACCUUGAACUAUUGUGAGAGGUGAAGCUAUCUGUUGACCUUUAGCGUAACCCUUCACUGAGGACGUAGAGCGGAAAUAAGACGAAUUAGAGGAAGACGGAGAGAUGGAGGGACCGAUGCCGCCUCUGUGCACCAAUUGUCGUCGCUCCAUGAGUUUCCCCGUUCCCCAUCGUGGCUUUAUUGUGAUCCAGCACCAUUAAAUUCACACAGGAAGUCAAACGGCGACGAGAAAAACCGACACAGUUCACGCUCGAUUAGCGUAAAAAAAAAAUCACUCACCGUUUUAGCCGUUGAUGCUCCUUGGCGCUGGUGAGGGGCAGUUCAUUGGUUCUUUGGCAGGACUGUGAGGAGAUUCGGAGACAUCACUUUCUUCUAUACACAAUUAAAAUAAAUAAAUAAACACCAAUAAAAGAUCCAGAAAAUCCAGAAAGAAUGGACCAGCUUAGCUUGAUUAGCUGACUAGCGUCCUCAUGGUGUUUCUGAACAAGGAGUCCAAACGUUUAGCUAUGGUGGAGUACUGAUAUGUGUGUUUAUGUAUGUAUGUGUGUGUGUGUGUGUGUGUGUGUGUGUGUGGUCAGAUUUGGCACAAACUGUCGCCACCACACAUUGCCGCUAACAUCACUAAACACCACUGUGUUCUUUGCUAAUCUUCCAACAAAAGCCAUGAGAGCAGCUCAACAAACCUGUCACGUGAGCGCUGACAAAACUGCUACGUCAAGACUUUUUUCCCCUAAAACGUUCGUUUGUAGACGUCUGGUUGUCACACAUCUGCGAAUAAUGAUAAAAAAUAUAUACAAUACUGUGAUGUGUUCCUUUUUAUCGAGGCUUUGCUAGCACAAGGUGUAAACUGCUAACAGUCUCUCCAUGCCUGUCUUCAUUAUUAUUGCUAACAAAUAUAAUCUUUAUACUAAUGCAUAUGACUUUUUCAGAUUAACAUAAUACAUCACAUUAGCCUAGAUAGUUCCAUGGCUAAUUUUAGCAUCAGUGUAUAAGGCUCUAGGCUCUACGUUAAUCAUGGCUUGCUAUAUCAUCACUGCUAACAACGUAACAUGCUAGCUUUUAGUCACUUUAAAUCCACAACAAAUCCAGUCUGCCACUUCUUGUUUCUUACUUCUUGAUAACCUUUAAAUAAGAAAUAUAACUGUUAGCAAUCAGCAUUUCACUCACUUGGCUAAGACGAGAAGGGCUAGCAUGACUAGUGUGACUAGAGCUCCAGUUUUCUCUACUUCCUGUAGCCAUUUCAACCCUUUAAAGAGGUUUUUUGCACAUUUUAGCUAUUUAUUUUAAAGGCUAAUUUUGUUAAUGUCGAUGUGAAACACUCGUACUCGUAAAGCUUGUAUUUUUCUUCCAAUAUAACACCCCCCACUCCCACACACGCACACACACAGAAUUGCUUAUGAAUAACUGUACUGUAAAUGUUGGUAAAUCUAUAAUAUGUCUGUGGUAUAUAGUGUGUUUUCUUUUCCACUGUGUGUAUAUAUGUGUACUGGUGUAACGUUGUCUUAACGUCGUGUGCGUGUGUGUGUCUGUACUUAGUCCUACUGUGUUAGUGUCAGUCCUGUGGUGUUGAGUCUCAAGUCCUCAUGCAGUUUGAGACUCAAUUUGUCCUUUCACAGGACUCAAGCAGCAACGAUGAUAUUUAAUAGUGCGAAAAUAAUUCUGCGUACUUCAAAUAAAACGUCACACAAAUGCAGUCGAUCAGCCGGGUUUAGUGUCCGAAGUUUCUUUACUUUUGCACCGGUGCUAUUAACGCUUCUAACCCUUGUGUCAUCUGACUCUGAGGUAAAUGAAACUUUGAGGUAAAUCAGACGCUGAGGUAAUUCAGAUAUUGAGAUAUUAGGACACUGAGGUAAAUCAGACAUUGAGGUAAAUCAGAUAUUGAGGUAAAUAGGACAUUGAGGUAAAUCAGAUGCUGAGAUAAAUCAGAUAUUGAGAUAAUAGAACACUGAUCUAAAUUGGACAUUGAGGUAAAUAGGACACUGUGGUAAAUUGGACAUUGAGGUAAAUCAGAUAUUGAGGUAAAUAGGACAUUGAGCUAAAUAGGACAUUGAGGUAAAUCAGAUGCUGAGAUAAAUCAGAUAUUGAGAUAAUAGAACACUGAUCUAAAUUGGACAUUGAGGUAAAUAUGACACAGGUAAAUUGGACAUUGAGGUAAAUAUGACACUGAGGUAAAUUGGACAUUGAGGUAAAUAGGACACUGCGAUAAAUUGGACAUUGAGGUAAAUGAGAUAUCGAGAUAAAUAAGACAGGUAAAUUGGGCAUUUUUGGCAAAGAGAAGACUGAGGUAAAUUGGACACUGAGGUAAAUCAGGAAUUAAGGUAAAUUGGACAGUGAGAUAAAUCAGACAUCGUGAACAUUUCAUUUUUGACUGAACUUCACCAUGCUAAAACAUUUACUCACAAUAAGGAGGUCAUUAGCAUUAGCUGGUUUAGCCUCUCAGCUGAGUGAAUCCUCUACUAAGAAUAAUUUCAGCUUAUUUACUGAAGUCUUGUACCUAAAUAUAAUCUACAUUAUUGUGGGAUCAUGAAAAACAGUCGUGUAACCAGUGUAGUGACACACCUGAGCUGUAACCCACCUCUGUUCUGACUUCCUCGCUACGCCACCGCUAGACAUGUGCCGAUAGUCUGCUAUAUUGUCAUUUUUUACAUAUAUAAUAUUGUUAGCAUUGAUACCUCAAAAUAUUAUCACUCCCCUUUGCAUUCAGUUUGCGAAUAUGGUGCCUUAGUGGGGCUACAUUGUUGUUUUUUCCCCCCAAAGACAAUAUCUGUCGCAUCCUGUAGGUAGCAUGAGGAGAAUCUAGUUAGCGGUUGAUGCUAAGUGUUAUUUAUCACCACAUCUGAGGUAAAUGUUGAUGUUCCACAUAAUACUGUCUUGUUUCCACCGUCACUGUGUCUUUACAUUGUCCAUAUUUUGAGUACUUAAUGGUUAGGUAAGUCAUUAGCCUUGUUUUCAGCUAAAUAACUAUGUUAUAAUUCAGUGUUCAUGCUGCUUACUUACUUAGCAACAGAGGUCUAUUGAAUUUUACCAUUUGGAUGUCAAGUGUGUCACAUAUUUAACUUCCUACAUGGAACACACUAAUAUAAUCUAUUACAGUUCCUAACAUUUCAUUAUGAUUAAAAGUCAUAUUAGUGUUUGUAGACCAUAUGUUGUUCCCAGGAUAAAAUUUGUAACUAGCAAAUGCAAUAUUAACACACAGUUAACAUAUGGAACUUUCUAGAUCGCGAUAGUUAGCUAGCUAGUUAUGGUAGUCACUAUUUUUUUUUAAAAGCUAGUGAACGAUUGUGUCCCUGUAGCACAAACGUCGCAUAUUUCAGUAAACAAUAUUGCAGUUGUAUGAAAAGUUCAACAUCGGCCCAUGCCUAGCCCGAACGCAGUGUGUUAUUAAUCACGGCAAAAAUCAGUUCUAUGCUGUUAAAUCAAGUCACUAACUGUGGGUUCGGUUAUUGUUAUCGUUUCUGUGUACGUUUGUAUAACACGUCUCUGUGUCUAACCGGUGUGUGUGUGUGUGUGUGUUCAAAAAUUGUGAAUUAAACAAUAAUUUAUACGACUGUUACAUGACACUUGAGUAAUAAAAUCACUGAAUAUUGAAA